AUGUCAUACUCCCACACUCUGACUUCGAUGCUGGAGGAUGCUGUGCCAUCAUGGAAUGCGGUCCUAGGAGCACUUCUCUGUGCACUUCUCGGGGCGUUUACGUAUGCGUUCUUGCAAAAAUAUAUAUCACCCAUGCUUCGUCAGCCAAACGAUCAGCUAGUGGAUGCUGAUGGCACAGCCCGCGAUGACGUUGCCUCCGAAAGCGAACGCGGCCGUACACUGGCGGAUGAACCAACAUCUCCCGAUACCGGACAGAUUGAUCGUCAAGGGGCUGUGUCGAGUAGAGAGGGAGAUGCCGAACACUCUCCCGCUCAGGGACAGGUCGUGCCAAAACGGAAACUUAGCCGAGAAGAAUACACUGUAGGCUGGAUCUGCGCCAUAACGGUAGAGCGCGUUGCCGCAGAUGUACUUCUUGACGAGACGCAUGCGGAACCAGAAUAUAGAGACGAAAAUGAUGACAACAUUUAUCUCCUAGGCAGAUUCGGAGAGCACAAUACUGUCAUCGCUACAUUGCCGGAGGGGGAAUACGGCACAAACUCUGCGGCAAGCGUCGCUAAUGACAUGGUUCGCAGCUUUCCCAAUAUCAGAUUUGGACUUAUGGUUGGGGUAGGAGGCGGCGCGCCGAGUAAACAGCAUGACAUACGCCUUGGCGAUGUCGUGGUUAGCUCUCCUGGUAAUGGGCAUCAUGGAGUGUACCAAUAUGACUUUGGUAAAUCGGUCCAAGACGAGACCUUCCAUCCAACCGGGUUUCUCGAUGCGCCCCCAAGAUUGUUGCGAAACGCGGUGGCCAACCUCAAGGCGCAAUACGAAAAAGAUGAUUGUCAACUUCGGAAUAUAAUUGAUACACUCCUUCAGACUAACCCAGCAUCAAGGAAAGAGAGGUUUAUACGGCCAGAAACAAGUAGUGAUAUACUUUAUUUUCCACAUUUUAAGCACCGUUCAACUCACGGUGACGACUGCAAAGACUCCUGUGGACUUGGUUCUAGAGUUCUUAUGAAAAGACAGACAAGGUCGUUCAACGACAGACCUCUUAUCCACUAUGGCUUAAUUGCCUCCGGAAAUACUCUGAUGAAGGACGCCAAAGUCCGGGACAAACUCGGAGCAGAGAAGGGAGUUCUGUGCUUCGAGAUGGAAGCCGCUGGACUAAUGAAUCAAUUUCCUUGCUUGGUCAUUCGGGGUAUUUGUGACUACUCGGACAGUCACAAGAAUAAGGCAUGGCAGCCCUAUGCUGCUGUGGCGGCUGCUGCGUACACGAAAGAUCUGUUGCUUCGCAUACCUCCGUUGGAAAUCCAAACUGUGCCGAGGGCCAGUGAAGUCUUAUCUGAAAUCCGUCAAGUGGCACAGGAUCACCUCGAUAUUGCAAAAGAGAAUCAAGACAAUUCAAAGGAAAGAGAGAAGCAAAAGUGUCACCAAAUCUUCCGCUUGACAACGAGUGGUAAGGAUUCCACCUACGAGUGGUACAAAGAUAGAAUAGAAAAGCGAGUCGAAGGAACUUGUUCUUGGUUUCUUCACCAUGCCAACUUUGAGAACUGGCAGCAAAAGGAAUCCGGCCCUCUACUAGUGUCUGCAGACCCUGGGUGUGGGAAAUCUGUGCUGGCGAAGUAUCUUGUUGACGAGGUCUUUCCGAGAUCAGCAAACGUCUGUUACUUUUUCUUCAAGGACCAAGACCAAAAUACCAUCCGACAAGCACUUUGCGCUCUCCUCCACCAAAUUUUUACUCGAAACCCGGCUUUGAUUGAACAUGCCCUAGUACCCUUCCGAGAAAACGGCCCGCGCCUGGUAGACAACAAGGCAUCGCUGUGGAAAAUCUUGCAAGCUGCUGCCCAAGAUCCCAGAGCAGGGCCAAUAGUACUUGUCUUUGAUGCUCUUGACGAGUGCAUUGGGUCAGAAUUUACGGAGCUGAUGGAAAUGAUAAGCAAGCAGUUACGUGGCGGCAAAGAGAACCAAAGCAAGUUGAAAUAUCUGCUCACAAGCCGCCCUUAUGAGCAGAUAGUGACCGAAUUCCGCCCCCUCCUAGAUCAGUUUCCCUUCAUCCAUAUUCCUGGAGAGGACGAAUCUGAAGCCCUCAGUAAGGAGGUGAGCCUUGUAAUUUCACAUCAAGUCGGUCAACUAUCGAUAAUGAAGGAUUUGUCACCCGAUAUCAGAACAGCAUUGGAAAGGAAAUUUCAGGAGGUCCCCCAUCGAACAUACCUAUGGGUGUAUCUUGUAUUUGAUGUUCUGAAAAGAAUGAAGAUAAAGAAGACACCAAAAGCCUUCGAAAGUAUCGUUUCUAAACUUCCUCGAAAUGUCAAUGAAGCAUAUGAGCAAAUUCUCAACAGAUCCGAGGACCACGACAUGGCUCGGAAAGCUCUAGCUGUUAUAUUGGUUGCAAAGCGGCCGUUGACCGUCUCGGAAAUGAACUUCGCCAUAAAUAUACACCGCGAAUCGACUUCCCUUAGCAGCCUUGACUUGGAGACUGACGAGGAUUUCAGAUCAACUAUCAGAAGUUUGUGUGGCCUGUUUGUCUCAAUCCAUCACGAUAAGAUCUACUUCCUCCAUCAAACGGCACGUGAGUUUCUGUUAAGAGAACCAUCCCGAGAUACUUUAUCAACAAUGCAAUGGCAUCGCUCUAUUUCUUAUGAAUACGCACAUGGUAUUCUUGCAAAGCUCUGUGUGCGCUAUUUGAACUUUUUCAACUGCAUAGAUGAUUCAGGGGUAGAUGUGAAGCAGAAAGGCGCCCAGCCUUUCCUAGAUUACGCGGCCAACUUUUGGGCUUACCACUUUCGCAUAGCUGAGAAUGCUUUAGAUGGUGAAUUCUUGCCGCUCGUGCAGGGGAUUCUUCCGAACAGCAAUGCCUAUCAGUCAUGGUUCAGGAUCUUCCACAAAGAAAACUUUUCAAGGGACCCGAAGUUUACAGGUCUUACUAUGGCAUCAUUUUUCGGGCAUAUCACGGUCGUUAUGCUUUUGAUUGAUAAAGGUGCUGACCUUGAGUCAAAAAGUCGAUCUGGUCAGACGCCGCUCUUAUGGGCGGCAGAAAAAGGCCAUGAGGCUGUUGUCAAGCUUUUAGCUGAUAAAGGUGCUGACCUUGAGUCAAAAAGUCGAUCUGGUCGGACGCCGCUCUCAUGGGCGGUAGAGGAAGGCCAUGAGGCUGUUGUCAAGCUUUUGAUUGAUAAAGGUGCUGACCUUGAGUCAAAAAGUCGAUCUGGUCGGACGCCGCUCUCAUGGGCGGCAGAGGAAGGCCAUUACGCUGUUUGA